AUGAAAUUCGAACUUCUACUUUAUAUAUUUUCAUAUUUCUCUCUCUCUCUCUUAAUUCAAGGUUACCAAGACCUUUGGAGAGUCAAGAGACUAAAGAACACCGUAUACCACCCCCCUCUGCUUCUAGCCAUGACACGGCACUGGCUAUCUUUGUUUAUUGGUGUUGUUGCAUUCUCGUCCUUUUAUUAUGUUAAGCAUCUUACAGGGAAGGAGGUCUCAAUUGACCCGCUAGAAAGGUCAUCCCAGAUCGAAACCAUGGUAUUGCAGUCGUGGUCCGACUACGUGAGAAACGGGUGGGGGAAGGAUAUAUACCACCCAAUUUCUCACCAAGGUAAUGACAAUAUGGCAGCGUCGAAAGAACCGCUAGGCUGGAUUAUUGUUGACACAAUCGAUACUUUGCUGCUGCUUCUGAACAACACGCAGUCGGAACACAGAAGAGAUCAAUUGAUCCAGAACGUCCAAUUGUGCACGGAAUGGUGCCAAAAGGUGCUCUCCUAUGAUAUCGACUCCCCAGUUAACAUAUUCGAAACUACAAUUCGUAUGCUUGGAGGGUUGCUAUCAGCGUACCACCUGACGCAAACAACGGCAAACAGCACCAUCGAUGGACAAGUGUUUUUGACCCAGGCAGUUGAUUUGGCCGAGAGGAUCAAACCGGCUUUUUACGAAUCACCAAGCGGCAUCCCAUAUUCAAGUAUUAACCUGCACUCGGGCGAAGCGAUCAGGAACCACGUCGAUAACGGCGCAUCCUCCACCGCGGAAUUUACAACUUUGCAACUAGAGUUCAAAUACCUAGCGUACAUCACUGGUGUAACCGAGUACUGGUCACUAGCAGAACAAGUAUACAAACCGUUGUACGCGGAGAAUGAUCUACUGAACCGCUACGACGGACUGUGCCCAAUCUAUACCAUCCCAGAUACAGCGAAAUUCCACGGCAACAAUAUCAGAUUUGGUUCCCGUGGCGAUUCAUUUUACGAAUACCUGCUGAAACAGUACUUGCAAAGCGGCGAGCCGAUAUAUUACGAACUGUACAGAGAGUCUAUUGAAGGUAUGAAAAGACACUUAGUCCGUCACUCUUCACCUAGCGGGUUCCUGUACAUUGCGGAAAAACCAUGGGGGUUACAUAAUCCAGCGUCUGCUAAAAUGGAUCAUUUGGUAUGUUUCAUGGGUGGCCUUCUUGCCAUGGGUGCAACCGAGGGUUACAAAAUCGAAGAAGCCAGACGUCAACCGUGGUGGGAUUCAAUUAGAGAGGAAGAUUGGCACUUGGCUACAGACUUAACUCACACUUGUUACCAAAUGUAUCACCAAACACCAUCAGGCCUGGCGCCUGAAAUCGUCGUUUUCAACGAUAAAGGUGCCAGGGAGGUCAAGGAGAAUGGAUGGUGGAAAUCCCCAACUGGUGAUUUCUACAUCAAACCAUUGGACGCGCAUAAUCUACAGAGACCUGAGACCGUCGAGUCGAUUAUGUUUUUGUACCAUUUAACAGGUGACAAGAAGUACAGGGAAUGGGGGGCCGAAAUAUUGGAAAGUUUUGAAAAGAAUACAUGCAUACAUUGCGACGACGCAAGUAAAAAGGCGUAUAGCUCUUUGGACAAUGUUAUUAAUGAGCCCUUUAAACGCAAGGACAAUGUGGAAAGUUUCUGGUUGGCCGAAACAUUAAAGUACUUGUACUUGCUAUUUCAAGAAGACGUGGACCUGAAGUCAACUAUUUUUAACACAGAGGCUCACCCGUUCCCCAAGAUGGAUAGGGAAAGACUAUUGGAUUUAAAUUUGAGCACCGGUUGGUCAAUUUAA